AUGGCUAAGAGAAUUGACAGUUUACAAGUUGCAUCAGUGAAUGUCACCAAUCAACCACCAACUGGGUGGGGAUCAAAUGAAGAAAACCAAGAGAAUCAGCAGCUGGAACAAGUUCAAUAUGUGCACAACCAGGGUUCUGGAUCAAAUGAAUUAAGGAGUGAAAGAACCUUGGUGAAAGACAAGGAAACUGACAAGAAGCUUUUGGGCAAUGACAAAAGGCCAACUGAGGAAGAUGAAGCCAGCAGCAAAGAUGAAGCUGUACUAAACAAGAAGGAACUAGAGAAGCUUAAAGAGAAGAAUGAUCAGCCACACGAUUCAAGGUUCAACAAAGAGACCAAGGAUCAACACUUCCCCAAAUUCCUUGAAGUCUUCAAGAAGUUGGAGAUUAAUAUCCCCCUGGCUGAAGCAUUAGAGCAGAUGCCUCUAUAUGCAAAGUUCUUGAAAGAGCUUAUCAAUAAAAAGAGAAGUUGGCAUGAGAAGGAAACCAUUAUGCUCACUGAAGAAUGCAGUACUGUGAUUCAAAGGGGCCUCCCACCAAAACUCAAGGACCCUGGGAGCUUCUUCCUGCCUUGUACCAUUGGUAGUCUAACCAUUGAUAAGGCUCUAUAUGACUUAGGAGCCAGCAUCAAUCUAAUUCCCUAUUCUAUGAUGAGAAGGCUAUGUAUAGAAGAAGUAAAGCCUACACAAAUGUCAUUGGAAUUAGUGGAUAAAUCAUUGGUGUUUCCCAAAGGAGUGAUUGAAAAUCUCCUGGUCCAAGUAGGGACAUUCAUAUUCUCUGCAGACUUUGUGAUCCUGGACCUAGGAGAAGAAGGAAGUUACUCUAUUAUCUUGGAAAGACCAUUCUUGACCACAACAAGGGCCAUCAUAGAUGUUGAACAAGGAGAGUUGACCCUAAGGGUACAUGAUGAAAGCAUUACUCUGAAUGUCUUUCCAGAAGCACAGUAUAUUGAUGACAAGGAAAACUACAUGGGGGUUGACAAGGAAAACUUGCAGUGGAAGGAAAAAACCAACAAGACACUCAUUAAUUUCCUUUCAAAGCAAGAAACAAGCAACAAAGCAGGACAAAAAGAGAAUGAAAUUGUACAGAAUAAUGAGGGAAAGCAAGAAGAAAGUGAGGUGCUGGCCACUAAGAAAUAG